CACUGAUAAUGGGUACUGAUAGACAGCACUGAUAGGUGGCACUGACUGACAUCACUGCUGGGCACUGACUGGCACAACCGCUGGGCACUUACUGGUGGCACUGACUGGCAGCACUGCUGGGCUGCACUGAUGGGCACUGGUGGGUGGCACUGGUGGGCACAGGUGGGUGGCACUGGUGGGCACAGGUGGGUUGGCACAGGUGGGCACAGGUGGGUGCAUUGCUGGGCACAGGUGGGCACACUGCUGGGCACGGGUGGGUGCAUUGCUGGGCACAGGUGGGCGGAACUUGUGUGUGGCAUUGCUGGGCACCGAUCAUCAGGGUACUGAUGAUCAGUGACCCUGAUGAUCUGUGCCGUUCCCUGCUCUGAUAACUGCCGGUUUUCGGCAGUACUUUCCUCACGAUCUGACAGUGUGAGGAAAGUGCAGCCGAGAACCGGCAUUUGCAU